GGUCAACUAAAAUCAACUAAAAAUAUUUUUUUUGGCAUUUUUAUUGAAGUUUACGUUUAUUUGUUACUUUCACCCGAAGACCAUCUGUUUUGUUUUGAGCAGAACAGAUGAAGUAGAUGAAGACGAUCGACGGAAGAGAAGAAGUGCAGCGACGGAGGAGAAGAUCGACGUGCAAUCGGCGGAAGAGAAGAUCGGCGGAUGAUCGGCAGAAGAGAAGAUCGGCGGACGAUUGCGGAAGAGAAGAUCGACGGACGAUCCGCGGAAGAGAAGAUCGGUGGACGAUCGGCAGACGACGAGAUCGGCGGAGAUCGACAGAAGAGGAGAUCGACGGACGAUCGACGGACGAUCGGCGACGAGAAGAUGAUGAAAAUUCAGCCCGGCCGGUUGUAGCGGGUCGCACGAGUUCAGCGGGCGUGACGGGUGUGACGGGUUUCAACGGGUUUCAACGGGCCAUUUACUUAAACGGGUUGAAGUCUUCAACCGGCCCGUUUUCAGAUCCGGAUCCGGUUCAACCGGUUCAACCGGGAAAGGAUCAAGAAGAUGCAACUGGACGCGGCACCGAGGAGGAUGUAGUUGGAGAAAAGAAAGAUCUUGUGGGUAUGGUAGUGGGAUUGGGUGAUUGUCGAUUGGGGAAUGGUGUUGAGGGAGAUGCAACUGGACGCGGCACCAAGGAGGAUGUAGUUGGAGAAGAGAAAGAUCUUGUGGGUAUGGUAGUGGGAUUGGGUGAUUGUCGAUUGGGGAAUGGUGUUGAGGGAAAGACAAAUUUGGGGAUUUCGAUGAACUUGAUGAUAUUGGAUGGAUUACUCAAGUGGGUAUUUGUUGAAUUUGGAUUCUGGAAGUUGUAGGGAGUAGAAGAAUAUGGAAUUUUGGAGUUUCUUUGAUUUCCCUAAUUCAAUUAUACUGUUCUUCAAUUUCAACCGAAAACAAAGAAAAAAAGGUUGAAGAGGGAGAGAUCUUUGAGGAAUCCUUGGAAUUUCUUGGCAGAAUUUCUUGGCAGAAUUUCUUAUUGUUGAAUAAUAAUCAAUAUACAUGAGUGAUUAUUUUGUAAAUUCUUGUGUUGAACUUUUACAAUUGGGUCAGUACCUGGGAAUUGGUUUUUCAUUAUUUUUUGCAAACUUAAAUACAUAUAUAUGAAUUGUCCAAAACUUUGUUGGUUUAUGUUGUUUAUCCGAGUAGAUGAUAUUUUUUGUUUUCACAGGUCUGUUUCUAUUUAUUUUUAAAGAGGUUGAAUUCUGUAUUGCUUUGAUGAUCUUUAUGGUUUGGUUUUGGAGAGCAAGAAGCCAGUUGGUGAUGAUGCUACCAUAUAGACAUGGCAUUUGGAGAGCAAGAAGCCAGUUGGUGAUGCUGGAAAAAGGAUAGAAUGUAAAUAGUGUUUCUAAGCUGUAAAUACACAAAUUUUGAUUCAAAGUUUUGUCAACCUGUAGAAAGAAAUUUCCCCAGGUAUGCCUGGGUGUAAGAUGUACAAUGCUUUUGAUGCAAUAGAAAGAGCUUGCCUUUUUAUCUAAACAGCCUGAGUUCAGAUAUGCUUUUGAUGCUUUUGAUUCAUCUCUUGAAGCUGAGUUCCUCAGAUCAAAUAACAAAAUUGCUCGUUUGAAAACAUGUAAGCAUCAAUAAGUCUCCAAUUUACUG